AUGGUCCAGCUCUCUACCCUCCUCACUGGCGCCGUCGGUCUGGCUACCGUCGUCUCCGCCCACCCCGGCCACGAUGUCAAGGCUGAGGCCGCUGAGCGUGCCUCUGCCCUCAAGUCCAUCCGCGCCCGUGGCCUGAGCCAGUGCGCCACCCAGCUCAAGGCCCGGGGCGUCGAGGCCGAGAGCGUUGCCCGCCGUGACGCUUCGCUCCAGAAGAUCCGCCAGGCCCGUGGCCUCACCGGCCCCCUCCUCAAGGCCCGCGACACCACCCCCCUGACCACCAGCCACGAGUCCAACCUGACCGUGGACAUCGACACCGACCCCUCCGUCCUCUUCGCCUCAGGCGGCGCCUGUGUCCUCGCCGAGGACGUCACCCAGGGCCCCUACUACGUCACCGGCGAGCUGAUCCGCAAGAACCUCGUCGAGGACCAGGAGGGCGUCCCCCUCUACCUGGACAUCCAGCUCGUCGACUCCGAGACCUGCGAACCCGUCCCGGACGUCUACCUCGACUUCUGGCACUGCAACUCCACCGGCGUGUACUCGGGCGUCGUGGCCAGCGGCAACGGCGACACCAGCGACGAGACCAACCUGGACGCCACCUUCCUCCGCGGGAUCCAGAAGACCGACACGUCGGGCGUCGCCGAGUUCGAGACCCUCUUCCCAGGCCACUACACCGGCCGCGCCACCCACAUCCACGUGCUCUCCCACCCGGCCGACACCACCACCAACGACAACGACACCCUCUCGGGCCUGUACACCACGACCUCCUCGCACGUCGGCCAGAUCUUCUUCGACCAGGACCUCAUCUCGCUCGUCGAGGCCAGCGACGUCUACAACACCAACACCCAGGAGCUCACCACCAACGCGGACGACAGCAUCCUCUCCCAGGAGCUGGCCGAUGACAUCGACCCAUUUGUUGAGUAUGUGCUGCUGGGCGAGGACGUCACCGAUGGCAUCUUUGCCUGGAUCAAUGUUGUUAUCGACUCCAGCCAGAGUACCGAUGUUACGCCCGCUGCUUACUUGACUGAGGAUGGGGGUGUCGAGAACCCGAACUCUGGUAUGGGCGGUGGUGGUGGCCCUGGUGGCCCUGGUGGCGAGGCGCCCACUGGUGUUCCUACUGGGUUCCCUACUGGUGCUCCUCCUUCUUAG